AGACAAGCCCACAGGUCUCCGUUAGAUCCGAGUAGCGACUAUCAUAUGAUGGUUUCUCCUCUGUUUGCGUUCUUCGUGGCAUUCUGCCAGCGUGAGUGAUCUCAUGGAAUGCACAUGGGAUUCGUCUUCAAGAAAAACAUUUAGCCGAAACUCUUCCCCCGACCGCUCUCUCACCCAGGCUGGAGCCUCUACAUGGGUCCAUUUGAAUGAAUUUUGUGGAAAAAAUUCAGACUUUUUUUAUUGAAACGUACAUCUCAGGAUUUGGGAUGUGUCGCAAGGUGCCUCUGCUGACUGGAUCGAUUCCGUACUGAAGGACCGCGAAGGAAAAUGCGGAUACUAUCGUUCGUUUGGAUUCUGCACUUCAUGAAUCUCACAAAAGGCCUAGAUAUCACGAGACGCAGCUCCUCCGUGAGCAGACUGUGUCCAGCGGGUUGUGCGACAUGUUCUGCCCCGAAUGGCUGUCUGUCCUGCAAACCUCGCCUCUUCUUCCACUUGGAGCUGGAUGGGAUGCGGCAGAGGGGCACCUGUCUGUCCUCAUGUCCCCGGGGUCACUAUGGCAUGCGCUCGCCACACAUCAGCACCUGCGCCAGGUGCAAGGAGGACUGCGCUUCCUGUUUCAGUGAAAAUUUCUGCACACAUUGUCACCCGGGUCACUUCCUGUUCCGGGGCAAAUGCGAAAACAGCUGUCCAAAUGGGCUGACGGCAAACACAGCGCUGCGAGAAUGCACAGAGUGCUCUAUAGGCUGCGAGGUGUGUGUGAGGAGGAACUUGUGUGUGAGGUGUAGAGCAGACCUGUACUCUCUCCACGGUCAGUGCCAUCUCACCUGCCCGAGGGGAUUUGAGCCUGAUGUGCAGCUUAUGCAAUGCAUUUCCCAAGUGCACUGUGAGGUCGGGGGAUGGACAGGUUGGGGUCCGUGUGUUCGGAAAAGGAGCGCGCGGGCCUACAGGAGGGGACAGGAGACGCGUAACCGACAAGUCGUGCGGUCUCCGAGCGUCUCCGGCGACCCCUGCCCACAUGUGUCAGAAAUCAGGAAGUGUGUCACCAAAAAGAGACCAAAGAGAUGUCCGGCUCUCUAUUGUGCAUGCUGACUCACUGUCACACAGUCAUGAUUACUGGGACACAGAAUAGAGCCAUUGUUCAUGUUAUUGUGUGCUUUUCCUACUUUAACUACUUUUAUUAUUUUAUGCAACAAAGUCAAAACAUCCCUGUGUAACAGACCUUUAGGCCUAUACAUCUGAACAUAAGCUACAAGACUACCAAAUGUUAAUAGAAUAUCAAUUUGUAUGAAAGAAAUAUAAGAGAAUGUAUAAAUAAAUAUGUAAAAAACAAAAAAAACUU